UCCUUGCGCCGCGGCUGGUGUUUCCAGGGGAGCCUGUGUCGGCGCGCGCUUGGGGAGGCCGCAGGCAGCAGCCGCCUCUGGGCCAUGGCCGCGCGCUGGGCGACCCGCAACCUGCGGAGCCAACACGCCCGGUUUAUUUCAACAGCUCCUGCUUCUCGACUGUCAACGGCUGAGAUUGUUCAGAUGCGCAAUGAACUCUUCACUAAGGAGAAAGAGAGACAGUUGUCUUUGUAUCCACGAAUUGAGAAGAUUGAAGUAAAAUAUGUUGGCAAAUCUCAUCCUGGCACUUCAUUUGUUAUGAACAAAGCCUUGUCUACUCCAUACAAUUGUGCCAUGCACUUAAGUGAAUGGCAUUGUAAGAAAUCAGUAUUGGCACUUGUGGAUGGAGAGCUUUGGGACAUGUAUCGGCCUUUGACCAAAUCAUGUGAAAUUCAGUUUCUUACCUUCAAAGACGAAAAUCCAGAGGAAGUGAACAAGGCCUAUUGGCGUUCCUGUGCCAUGAUCAUGGCAUGUGUGUUAAAGCAGGCUUUCAAAGAUGAAUACUCAGUCAGCCUGAUUAGGGCUCCAGAAGUGCCAGUGAUCUCUGGAGCUUUCUGUUAUGAUGUUGUUUUGGACAGUAGGCUUGAUGGCUGGAAACCAACAGAAGACAACUUCCGUUCUCUUACAAAAGAAGCAUAUAAUCUAAUUCACAAAGAUCUGCCAUUUGAAACAUUGCACGUUGAAGCAAAAGUGGCAUUAGAAAUGUUUCAGCAUAACAGGUACAAAAUGGAUUCAAUAGAACGGAAAGCAUCGCAAAAUCCUGAAGGCAUAGUGAAGUUACAUAGGUUUGGUGACUUCGUAGAUAUUAGUGAAGGCCCUCACAUUCCAAGGACAAGUUUUUGCUUCCAGUAUGAAGUGACAGCAGCCCAUAGUCUCCAAACCAGCCAGUCUGAGUCUAUACGAAGGUUUCAGGGUGUGUCUCUGCCAAUUCACUUAAAGGCUCAUCACACAGUAUGGCGAAGAUUGCGGGAAAGGUCUCAGAGACUGCCCUAGGAAUGUACCUGUUGGACAAUCAAAGGAGUUGCUCUAUUCCUAUGGAUCCCAAAUCAGAAUUCAACAUAUAUAUUUUAUACUAAUAACAUUUUAUCAAAGUAUUAAUUAAAAGUUAACUUGCUAACUUGAGACCAUGGGCGGAGACAUUAUGUAACCUUUUAACCAUUGACUAAUGUGCUAUCUUGUCUUACUGCAAAACCUAUCCCGGGAUGUGGAACUGCCUACCCUGUCACUUUCCCCACCCAUGGAAAAUCUAUAUAUUCUAUUGUUAUCAAUUGAUUGGCAGUGUCUCUGAGUCUAAUAAGCAACGUGACACUCCGCCAGCACUGUGUGUAAUAAACUCCUAUGCUUGGCUUCUA